AUGACUGAAAAAUUCGGUAAACAAUUCCGGGAAAAGUACUUCACCUCAAUUGAUCCAGAAGUAUACCCUGUGAACCACGGAUCCUGGGGACAAGCACCUGAUCCUGUCAUCCAAAAAUUCAAACAAGCAAGUGGAGAACAGUACCACUACACCGACAAAUUCUUCCAUGACAUCCGUGACAAGUACACCGACGCUUUGAAGCAAUUAAGUGAAGUUGUCAAUUGUGAUUACCAUAACUUGGCCCUUGUCGAUAAUGCCACCACGGGUGUCAAUACCAUUUUGAGAAGUUAUCCAUUCAAGAAAGGUGACAAGAUUGUCAUGCAAUCCAAUGUUUAUGGUUCCUGUUACAACGUUGUUAAGUUCUUGAAUUAUAGAUACGGCGUUGAGUACGUUGAAAUUGAAGUAAACUAUCCUAUUUCCGAUGAUGAAAUUUUACAAAAAUUUGAAAAGGUGUUCAAAGAAGAGAAGCCUACUAUGUGUUUAUUCGAUACUAUUUCUUCCAUGCCGGGAGUCAUCUUCCCUUUCAAGCAAUUGGUCAAUUUAUGUAAGAAAUACGAUGUGGUUUCGUUGAUUGACGGUGCUCACGGUAUCGGAUGCAUUCCACAAGACUUGUCAGAAAUCGCCCCAGAUUUCUAUGUUAGCAACUUGCAUAAGUGGUUCUUUGUCCCUACCGCUUGUGCAUUAAUGUACGUUGAUGCCAAACAACACCAUAAGAUCCACACCAUGCCAAUCAGUCAUUCUUAUGUUCAAGAUGAUGUGAAAUUAUCCGAGGAACAAGAACUCAAUCGUUUAAUUGAUAGAUUUUCCUUUAUUGGUGCCAAAAAUUAUGCAUCUGUUAGUGUGAUUUCUGAUGCUAUAAAGUUUAGAAACGAAGUGUGUGGUGGUGAAGAGACCAUUUACAAAUACUGUAAUUCGUUAGCUAAGCAAGUUGGUGAAGUUAUUUCCAAACAAUGGGGUACUUCUUAUUUAGAUCAGGAAAACUUGAUCAGUGCUAUGGUCAAUGUUGAAGUACCUUGUGAAUCACUUGGAAUUGACGUUGCUGCCAUCAAGGCCAAUUGGACUAGAUUUGAUCAAACCGUGUAUACUCCAUCUAUUGAUGUCCACAAGUCAUUCAUUCCUUGUGUUGUUCAUAACGGGAAAUUAUACGCUAGAUUCUCAUGUCAUGUGUACAACGAAUUGAGCGACUAUCAACACGCUGCUGAUGUUUUAGUCAAGGUGAUGAAAGAUUCACUUGAAUUGGAACCCUUGUUCAAGAAGUUAACCAUUUAG